UAUAUCUGAGCUGGAGGCUGCAGUGGGGAGUGUAAAGAGCUUCGUAUUAAACAGAUUGUAGUUAUAUUACAGGGAACGACAGCAUUGCUGUAGUUUAAAUGUAUUUCGGAAGAAAUGAGUAAAUCAAUUUAUGGAAACUUAGAAGAUGGAAGAUCGCGUGAUCUAGAGGACAACACAAAUUCAUAUGAAGCAAUCUACAUGAAUGAAAAAACACCAGAAAUGCAAAUAACUACAAGAAAAAAAGCAAAUAUGAGCUCAGAACAAAACAGCUCUGGGUGCAGAUGUUACAGACUGGCUGUGGUGUGUCUGAUGAUGCUGGUGGUUCUCUUGCUGGCUGCCAUCGCAAUACUGUGGUUCAAGCUGACAACAGAGAAAGACCAGAUACACACCAGUUAUAACAACAUGACUACACAGAUAGACCAGUUAGAGACCAGUAACUACAAGCUGACUGCUGAGGAGGAACAGUUAAAGACCAAUUGCACAAUUGUUGCAAAAGAAAGAGAACAGCUGCAGAGGAAAACAGAUGAACUCCAGAAAAAGCUUUUUCAGCUGAAGACAGACAUUAACACACCAGGAUGGAGAUACUUCAACUCCAGUAUUUACUACAUCUCUACUGUGAAGAAGAGCUGGAGCAAGAGCAGCCAGGACUGUAAGGAAAGAGGAGCAGACCUGGUGAUCAUAAACAGCAAAGAGGAACAGGAAUUUGUUGGUUUGUGGAGAAGAGGUGAAAAUACUUGGAUUGGUGCGAGUGACAGAGACAAGGAAGGAGUCUGGAAAUGGGUAGAUGGAACGGCAAUCACUAAUAAGUUCUGGAGCAAGGGGGAACCCAACAAUGUCGGGGAUGAGGACUGUGCAGUGUCUGGCUAUCAUACUGAGCUUGAAAAUUGGUAUGAUGUUUUGUGUAAUAGGGAAUUUAUUUGGAUCUGUAAGAAAAUAAUUAAUAUGUAAAAUGUUGUAUAUGAUUGAAAAACAUUAAUUUAGGAUCAUACUGGUGGAGAGAGAAAACAAGUGAAAUUCCAACCAGUUUCUCUGAAAAGUUUAAUAAUGCUAAUGAUUUUGAUUUUUGUAUAGCGAUUUUAACAAUGGACAUUGUCUCGAAACAGCUUUACACUGGCAAUUAAGAAUAAAAAAGAUGUUCUUUAAAAGUGUAAGUUUGUCCCUGAUGAACAAUCCGGUGGUGACCGUGGCAAGGAAAAACU